CCACCAAUCCUCCAACCACUGACAUGGAGAAAGAAGCUGCUGAAUAACAAAUAAAAAUAAAAAUAUAAUUAUAUGUGAAAAGAAUGUGCUGCUAGCUUAGCUAUAUAAGAAUCAAUCAUCGAUCGAUAUCUCUGAUCUCAUUGAAACUCGAUUCCUUUUCAGCUCUCAUCAACGAAUCCAAUUCCUUCGCUUCCAUUAACUAAAAUUUCGAGAUGGCUGCUGCUACUUCCUCCUCCCCAAAAUCCGUCCAUGAUUUCACAGUCAAGGACGCGAAGGGAAACGAAGUGGAUCUAAGCAUCUACAAGGGGAAGGUUCUGUUGAUUGUCAACGUUGCUUCUCAGUGUGGCUUGACCAAUUCGAACUAUACUGAGCUUGCGCAGCUCUAUCAAAAGUACAAAGAUCAUGGGUUUGAGAUCCUUGCGUUCCCUUGUAACCAGUUUGGGAAUCAAGAACCUGGUUCUAACGAAGAGAUUGUUCAGUUUGCUUGUACCCGUUUCAAGGCUGAGUACCCCAUUUUCGACAAGGUUGAUGUGAACGGUGACAAGGCUGCUCCAAUCUACAAGUUUCUGAAAUCAAGCAAAGGCGGGCUUUUUGGGAGCGGCAUCAAGUGGAACUUCUCCAAGUUCUUGGUUGACAAAGAUGGAAAUGUCGUGGACCGGUACGCUCCAACCACUUCUCCUCUCAGCAUCGAGAAGGACCUGAAGAAACUGUUGGGAGUUACUGCUUAGGAACAACGAAGAUGGCAUUACUCAUUUGUAGUCAAAUAAAAAGUUCAUCCUCUAUAUAUUAAUUGAGAAACAUUUGAAAAGAUGUAAUUUUAAUUUUAUAAUAAUUAAAAAAGAUCUUUUGUUUA